AUGGUGGUAUUGUGGACGGCGAACACCGAAAGAUACAGCAAUGUGGUGUUUGGUCUUAACGACACGACGGAGAAUCUAAUGUCAUCUUUGGACAAGAACGAAUCUGAGAUUUCUCCUUCUACACUUUACGCCAUUGCUUGUGUUCUCGAGAACGUUCCUUUUAUCAAUGGAAGCCCACAAAACACUUUUGUCCCUGGGAGAAAUAGCUUGAUCGGUGGUGAUGACUUCAAGAGUGGUCAGACCAAGAUGAAAUCAGUCCUUGUCGAUUUCCUUGUCGGGGCUGGAAUCAAAGUAUCCAACGUCGAGUCGAUAGUGAGUUAUAACCACCUUGGGAACAACGACGGCAUGAACUUGUCCGCGCCACAAACAUUCCGAUCAAAGGAGAUAUCGAAGAGCAAUGUUGUCGACGAUAUGGUUGCUAGCAACGGAAUUCUGUACGAGCCUGGUGAACACCCUGACCAUGUUGUCGUCAUUAAGUAUGUGCCGUAUGUAGGGGACAGCAAGAGAGCAAUGGACGAGUACACAUCAGAGAUAUUCAUGGGAGGGAAGAACACGAUUGUGAUGCACAACACUUGUGAAGACUCUCUUUUAGCUGCUCCUAUUAUUUUGGACCUUGUUCUUCUCGCCGAUCUCACUACUCGAAUCCAAUUCAAAGGCGAAAACGAGGGAAAGUUCCAUUUUUUCCAUCCUGUGGCUACUAUCUCAAAGGCACCAUUGGUUCCACCCGGCACGCCAGUUGUGAACGCUUUGUCGAAACAGCGUGCAAUGCUUGAGAACAUACUAAGGGCUUGUGUUGGACUUGCUCCUGAGAACAACAUGAUUUUCGAGUACAAGUGA